AUGUAAAAUUUAGAAAAUCAAGAUAAAAAUGCCAAAGAAUUAGAAUUAAUUGUUUGGGAUUAAGGAAAUAAUGGAUUGUUAAGACAAACUAUUUUAACUGUAAUUCAAAAUUAAAUCGAUGAAGUUACAUGUAUUAAAAAUGGAUUUAUUUUAUAAUUUAAUGUAUUGGAAAAAUAACUUCAUUUUAGAAAUAAGAUUUAAUUGAUGACUAAAAAAUCACCAAAAAUCUUGUUAAAAUUAAUCAUUUUAAAUGGAAAGGAAAAGAAGGUAAAGAGAAAUAGAAAAUUGGUAAAUGGGAAGUAUAUUGGAAAAACAAAGUAUAAAAUAUAGGAGGAUAUUAUGAUAAUUAAGGUCUAAAGUAAGGAUUGUGGUAGGAAGAGUAUGAAAAUUUCUGGGAGUACUUUAUUUUAUAAAUAUGAAGUUAUGCUUAAAUUGUUUACGUUGGAAUUUAUCAUAAUGGAAUAUAAAGAAAUAGAUGGGAUACUAUUAUGAAUAAUAAUAUUAUGUAAUCAUUUAUAAUCAAAAUGUAGUGGAGGGGGUAAUUAUGAUCAUAAUGGAAAAAAGACAGGCAAGUGGGUUGAAUUACAUUUAAAUUACUUUAAACAGAAUUAUGCUUAUUGCGAUGCCACUUAUGAAGGAGAGUAUUUAGAAGGGAGAAAAUACGGAUAUUGGUAAACAUUUCUCUCAAAAAAAAUUAUGUAAUUUAUAAAUAUAAUUAUAGUGGAGGAGGUUUUUAUAAUCAGGAUGGAUAAAAGGAUGGUUUUUGGAUUGAAUUGAAUGAUAACUUUUCAUUGUAUUUAAUAGAAAUUAUACAUAGUGGUAAUUAAGUUAUUUACAAGGGUAACUAUAAGAAUGGUUUACAAAUAGGAAUGUGGGAAAUUGUAAUAGUUUAUGACGGAAAACAAAUAUAUAUGUAAAAUAUAAAAAAUAGUAAAGUGGGGGAGGUUCUUUUAAUGAUAAUGGAAAGAAAAAUGGUAGAUGGAUUAAUUUAGCUAUAGAUUGGUUGAAGUAUAUUAUAAAAUGCAUAGGAUAGUGGUAACAA